AUGUGGGUGAACGUUAUAUUUAUUGUUUUUCUUAACACGAAGUGUUUGGUCGACACUUUACCUUUUAAGGAUGGCCAUAUUAAUACAGAGGAGAAAUGGCGCUCUAUGGAGAAUUUCAGACUACAUGCUUUUAGUCCACGAUUCAAAAGUGGUCCACAAGAUAUACCACCAGCUCCUGUUUUAAAAUUGCCAAAGUCAGUACGGAUUUCGGCUUCUCAACUCCACAAAGAGCUUUUCACUCCAGAGGUGGGCAUAAGGCCGGUGUCUGAACUCGUCAAAUCAAUACUACUGCCCGGGAAUCCUCCUCCGAAACCGCCUCCAUCUACUGCUGAAAGAAAAGUGCAGGUGUUGUGCUUCUUGGACCGAAUGUAUGUGAGAAUCCUCAGGAGUGUUUUCUCCAGCCCCAAAGCAUCGGAACACCUCAAGAUGGGAAGCUGCCCUGUCAAUAAAGUCACAACAACUCACUACUAUUUUACAUCACCUCUGACAGGGUGUGACGUAAGACGAAGGGAGGAUGAUAAUAGGGUGAUCUACUCUAAUACACUUUGCUAUAAACCACCCGUCAAUGGGCCGGUCGUUUGGGAGCUGCCGUUUUCCGUGCCGGUUCACUGUCGCUACACUAAGUUCCAUCGCUCUUAUCAAGUUGGUUUCUUGCCCAAGAUUGGGAGUAAAACCUUGUAUAGAGGCCUACAAACUAGAGGAGGGGUUACACUUACUGCAAUGGAUGCAUCUUGGAACGUGAUUCCUGCUAGUCAGAGUUUUCUUAUUGGCCAACCUAUAUGCUUUGAAGCCCAAGGCCCCAAAAGUGGUAAAAAUGAGAGGCUGUAUCUGAACCGCUGUAUUGUCACUUCCUCUGAAAAACCAGUGGACAAAUAUGUUGUGGUUGCAAAUUAUGGAUGCCUGGUGAACAGCAAGAACAAUAGUCUGACCAAGUUCUACACCACUGCUGACAAAACUACUGUGAGACUGUGCUUUCCAGCCUUUAUAUUUACAGAUGCGAUGCCACCUUAUUUCAAUGAGUCCUGUAAUCAGUCAGAGGACGACCAGUCAGACCGCGACCAGUCCAGCCAAGGCCGCAAGCCACACGGCCAGUCAGGCCAGUCUGACUGGUCGUCGUCUGACCGCGACCAGUCAGGCCAAGGCCGCAAGCCAUACGACCAGUCAGGCCAAGGCCGCAAGCCACACGGCCAGUCAGACGACGACCAGUCAGACCGCGACCAGUCCAGCCAAGGCCGCGAGCCACACGACCAGUCAGACGAUGACCAGUCAGACGACGACCAGUCCAGCCAAGGCCAAGACCUUGACCAGUUAGACCACGACCAGUCCAGCCAAGGCCGCAAGCCACACAGCCAGUCUGACCGCAACCACCAAGGCCGCAAGCCACACGACCAGUCAGACGAUGGCCAGUCAGACCGCGACCAGUCCAGCCAAGGCCGCAAGCCACACGACCAGUCAGACGAUGGCCAGUCCAGCCAAGGCCGCAAGCCACACGGUCAGUCAGACCAAGGCCGCAAGCCACACGGUCAGUCAGACCAAGGCCGCAAGCCACACGGCCAGUCAGACCGCGACCAGUCAGACCGCGACGACGACCAGUCCAGCCAAGGCGCCAAGACCGCAAGCCACACGGCCAGUCAGGCCAGUCAGGCCAGUCAGACGACGACCAGUCAGACCGCGACCAGUCCAGCCAAGGCCGCAAGCCACACGGCCAGUCAGGCCAGUCAGAUGACGGCCAGUCAGACCGCGACCAGUCCAGCCAAGGCCGCAAGCCACACGGCCAGUCAGGCCAGUCAGAUGACGACCAAUCAGACCGCGACCAGUCCAGCCAAGGCCUCAAUGUUUCUGCAUUGUGAGUUUGACCUGGGACCAGAAACUCCUACAGCUGGUGCAAAGUCAUGCAUGUUCAACACUCAAACCAAUAAGUGGACUGAGCUGUAUGAUGACCCCUCUGUCUGUGACUGCUGUGAAUCAACAUGUCAUUCCCCUCAUAGAAAUUCUGCUAACAAUCGCUACAAGUCUAUGACCACCAGUAAGUCUUGGGAAGUGAAAUUUUGGAAGGAAGCCUUUGCAACCCAUUCAUCACCACAUUCCCUGCCAGAGUUUAGUUUAGCUGUUGAGAAUGAUGACGAAUUGUUCUGGGAUUUGGAUGACUACUAG